AUGCCGCUGCCGAAGCGCUGCGUGGAGCCGGUGCACGUGUCGCGCGGCACCGUGCCCGAGCGGCUCGCGGUGCCGUCGGAGCUCGAGGCCGUCACCAACGGUACCCUCGCAAACACUGUCAGACAAUUGUCAUCACUAUCGAAACAUGCAGAGGAUAUGUUCGGAGAGCUGACUCGGGAGGCCACAAACCUGGCAGAGAGGACAAACAUAUUGCAGGCUAGGAUAGACCGGCUAGCGAUUAAAGUUACACAAUUGGAUUCCGGUGUCGAAGAAGUGUCGCUGCAAGACAUCCAGAUGCGCAAAGCGUUCCGUUCGACAAGAACGUUCCAGCAGCAGCUAUUCUCGCGCGGCUCGAUGCCGUCGGCGAUGCUCGCAACGUACGCGCGUUGCGACCGCCCGCCGCCGUUGGAGCGGCUCAACGAAUUCCGCGACGACGGACGCGACGCAAGGAAGUUCUACACCGACCCCGAUUACUUCUUCGAACUAUGGCGCCGUGAGAUGCUUCAGGACACUGAACGUAUACAGCACGACAGGGGGAAGAAGGUGCGGCAGGUGCGCAGCGGCGGCGCGGACGGGCGCAGCGCGCGGCGCGUGCGGGCGCCGCACUCCACGCGCGAGCGCCACAAGGCGGAGGCGGUGACGCGCGGCGAGCACAUCAUGGCGCCCAGCCAGCUGCGCCACUACAACAUCGACGCGCACACGCGCCCCACCACGCUCUACCACACUACCAACGUCACAGACGGAGGUUACAGAGCGCCUCAAAAUCGGCCACCCACAUCACAACCAGCAAGACCCAACUCCAUAGAGAUAGAGAAUCAACAUAAUAGACAGCCUCGACUCACAGGCAAUGGCCAUGUGAUGGGCGAGGAGAGUCCGUACGGCACGGCGGAGCCCAUCUACGGCGGCAGCAUGGCGGGCACGCCGCGGCGCGCGCGCCCCUCCGUGCCGCCGCCCGCGCCCCCCGCGCCCCUCUCGCCGCCCGACGAGCCCGCCAGCCUCACGCCCACCAGGUCAGCGUUGCCACCGCCGCCGCCGCCACCCGAGGGUGCUUCGCCCCCGCCCAUGAUCAACGGCGCCUCGCCGCCCCACCGCACUGCGCUCGACGCACACCUCGAUCAGAUGCAUGCUGUCAUUGGUAUGAUGUCGACGGAGGAGUGCGCGCAGCCGCCGCCGCCGCCGCUAGCGCCGCCCGCGCCCAGCUCCGCGGCCGCGCCCGCGCCGCCGCCCGCGCCCGCCGCUGUGGGUGCGGGCGGGGCGGCCGAGCUGGCCGCGGGAGGGGGCGGGGAGCGGCCGCGCGCGCCCUCUCCCGGCGCGCUGGCACGCGGCGCGUCCGCGCUCAAGCCGCCGCGCCCCGCCGCCGAGCCGCAGCACGACCCGCGCUCCGACCUGCUCAAGGCCAUCCGCGACGGGAUAAAACUGCGCAAAGUGGAGAAGCGUUGCGACGAAAACACUGGGCGCUACGACACGCUUCGUGGCGCGCCCGCCUUCCUCGAUGUGGCUUCGAUUCUCGCCCGUCGAGUGGCCGUGGAACUGAGCGACACGAGCUCCGGCGCUGACUCUGACUCCGACGACUCCGACCAGUGGACGGAGUCGCGCGCGUGA